UUUUGACUAGAGCCGGUGCAGUGAAAGAGGCCACAUCUAUUCAGCUCCUUUAUGUUUUCACAACGUCUAAUGACAAGGGUCAAUUGCAAUGCAGUGACACGCAAUGUAGCAGAGUGCUGGAUGACUUCAUAGCUGUAUUAUAAGCUCAGCAAAAGUGUAGGGGUUUAGGUGCACAGACAAACCAUUGCAUAUGAACAUCAUGUUUGACAGACAUUACAUGUCCCAAAGUUAACUAAAAAAAAACAAAGAAAGAAAGAAAUACACAUAGUAUCUAACACGCACACACACACACACACACACACACACACACACACAUCUGAAUGUGAGAGUGGUGGUGGAGCAGCUCCAAGAUGAAAAGAGGACGAAGGAAAGGAGGGAGUAAGGAUAAAGUGUUUGGUUGUGACCUGCUGGAGCAUUUAGCUACAACCAAUCAAGAAAUUCCUCUGGUGCUUCGAAGCUGCAGUGACUUCAUUGAGGUUCAUGGGAUUGUUGAUGGAAUCUACCGACUGUCUGGAGUGUCAUCCAACACACAGAAACUAAGGUCCGAGUUUGACACUGAGGGCACCCCAGACUUGUACAAGGAUGUAUAUCUGCAGGAUAUUCACUGUGUCAGCUCCCUCUGCAAGGCCUAUUUCAGAGAGCUGCCCAACCCUCUGCUCACAUACCAGCUGUACGACCGUUUUGCUGAAGCUGUGGCAGUUCAGUUAGAAAAUGAAAGACUGGUGAAGAUCAAAGAGGUGUUGAGCGAACUGCCCAACCUCCACUACAGGACUCUGCAAUAUUUGAUGAGGCACUUAGUCCGGAUGGCCACACAUGCUUCUAAGACUAACAUGCAUGCCAGAAACCUUGCCAUUGUAUGGGCCCCCAAUCUCCUCAGGUCAAAGGACAUCGAGGCUUCUGGUUUCAAUGGCACUGCAGCCUUCAUGGAAGUGAGGGUCCAGUCCAUAGUGGUGGAAUUCAUUUUAACUCAUGUGGCUCAACUAUUCCCUGAACCAGAUUCUGAGUCAGGACUCACUGCUGAGCGAAGGAAGUCCCUCCCAUCACCGUCUGCACUGUCCAGUCAAGAAGACCAGUUUUUCAGGGGCCUUCCCAUUGUGCAGUAUCCAGGCAACAUGAGUCCUGGAGAUGGCCCUCUUCCGAUGAGACCUUACCAUGCCGUCAUUGAUGGCACAGACAAGAGGAAGGGAUCACUAAAAGGCAGAAAAUGGAUGUCUAUCUUUAAUUUAGGUGGGAGACUGCAGGAUCCUCGUAAAAAGAACAAGUAUGCAACCAAAGAGAAAGAGAAAACUGCUCUAAGGCCUGCUAAGAGUAUGGACUCUCUGAGUACAGGAAGCUAUACACAGGAAGGUUCCCAGCAUCCUUCCUCACAUCAAUCAUCUCUAGCCGCACCCUCUGGGAACUCAGAAGGUGGAGCCUCCAGCACUGGGAACAUAUCAAGCGGAUAUGCAGUGACAUACAGGCGAACAGGUGGGGCUAGCGUAAGCAUGGUGAGUGCAGGGAGCGGGACUCAGGGCACCUACAAGGCCCUUGAAACUAGGGGCAUUGACAAACCACAGGCUACAUUGCCCGGGGCGACCAGCAAGGCGGAGCGCCGGGUGGGAAUGCACAUUUCUGGGCCAUUCUCUGUGACUGUCCCUCUUCAUAUAACCUCUGGACUGGCGUUAGGGGUACUGCAUGGUGGACGGGCAGAGGAAGAACAAUGCACCCAUGAGUCACUAGAGGAGAAACCAGUGAAACAAGUGAAGCAAGAAAAUGCUGGAGAUAAGGAUGAAUGUGCAGAGAAAGUGAAGGAGCAAACAGAUGGCAAAACAGAAGGCAGAGAAGGGGAUGACACUAAAGAGGAUGUCCUGAUGGAUGAUGAGAAGAGUUUGAGGGAAGGACCAGAAAAAAAGACAGAAAAGGGAGAGGAGCCAGAUGAAGAAGAGGCUAGGUGCAAGGACCGAGAAGAUUUACAAGACAAAGACAAAGAGGAUGAUGAUUUUACUAAGGAAGAGGAGUCAGAAGUCUGCCAGCAUGCAGACAAUACUUCACUCACAACAGACACCAUGGAAGCAGAAUACAUGGACAUGAGAGCUGGAAUGCUUCAGGAUUCUGCCACACUUAACCUAUCUCCAGAAGAGGAAUACCCUGAUCUCGACCUGCCCCUGGACUUCCAGGACACUUUUGGAUUCCUGGACUCAUUGGACACCUCUGCUCCAAGUCAGCUAAAUGAGUUCUCAGUGGAGCCACCUUGUUUUGAAGAUGAGGAGGAGGAGGAGGAGGAGAAGGAGGAGGAGGAGGAGGAGGAAGAAGAAGGUGAUAGGUGGAGACACACCGCUGCUAACACUCACAUGCCACUGCCAGGAAAAUCCUACAGCCUUCCUUAUAAGUCCCCACCACCCAUGUCCUUUUCCUAUGAUGAUGAUGAUGAUGAUGAUUCAGGGCCUGAUGAUGACGACAAUGAGGAAGAUUCUGAUAAGAGCGAGUAUGAGGACAUGUUCUGUAAAAGUCUUCCAUCCGAUCAGCAAUUUCAGGGUUUAAACUGGACAAUAAACCAGCCCAUUACGUGCAACUACACUGAUAGCAGUGCGGAUUCUCAUAGCCACAAGCAAUCAGAAUGCUUAAAUCAGACUUACACUAUUGAGGUACCUGAGGGUACUCAAAGUUUGUCCUCUGUCACAGAUUCAGAGAACUUAACCCACACAGAUAUUGAAAUGACAACUAAUCUUGGAAUGGAUAUUAAUGCCUCUGACCAUUGCCUGAACCAAGUGAAUCUCAGCCAACUUCCAUUAGAAAUAGUACAUUCAAGCAUGGAUAAGAAGAAUAGUGAAGACAGAAACACAAAUUGUGUAGAAGAAAGUGAAUCAGAAGGGGCAGGGCUUACAAGUGAACCUACAGAAGAACUGGAAAAUACUGACACCAAUGCAGACACACACAUUUGCAGUUACAACCAAGAGGGACAUUCCAAGGCCAGUGAUGAUGAAGAGGAUACUUAUUUUGGUCCAGAUACAGGUUCCACUUCACUGGAGCCUAGCGAAAUUGAGACUUCCCACCCAAGUGUCCAACAUCUUGUCAAAGAAGAACAUGCGAACUCGGAUGUUCAACAGGACAGUUCUGAAGAUGAUCUUUAUAUCGCUUCAAGUGAGGUCACAGUAACAGACGAGCCAAUCACUGAGCCUCUUGCUACAGGCUCUAUCUCACUGGCUACUCAAGAUGAGUCUGAGAUCAUUGAACUGUCAGUGGAACAAAACGUAACUUUGCAUAUUGACGAACAAGACUGGACUGACAGAGAUAACGAGGGAGAGGAGCAGAAUGAAGGGAGGGAGGAUGGUGGACAGGGACAGGAUGAGAAAAACAAGAUUUCAGUCACAGGGAAAGAUGUUGGUAAUGGGGUUAACAAGGGAGAGGAAGAGAGCACUGGAGAAACAAAUUGUAAGACAAGUAGUGAGAUAAAGGAAGAACAUGAGAGGAUGAGUGUUGAAAAUUUAAAGGGUGAAGGAAAAGGUGACGAGGUGUGGGAAGGUGUAAAACAUGAAGGAGAUGCAGAUAAGAGUGAAAGGGACAGAGAUGAGCUUGAAGAAGAAAGGCAAAUAAUCUCAGAGAGAAAUGAGGAAGGUAUAGAACAAAUGAGUAUUGAAAAGGGGAAGGAGAGGCAAGAUGGACAGAAAGGGAACAAUCAAGGGACAGAGGAAGAUGACUCAAUGGAGGAAAUCGAGGCCAGGAAAGAAGAGACUGCCAAAAUCAAUGAUAGAACUGUUGUAAAAGAGGGGACAGUGAGAGAGAUGAGCGAAGAAGAGGACAGUCUUUCAGAUGAGCUUGCACAAGACGACAGUGGCUCUGGUCUUAUGGUUCAUCCAGAAGACCAACAGAGGGUACAAGAAGAGGAGAAAGAGCCAGCGCCAUCUGAGUUAGAUAGUCCGAAGCCACUGAGACCUCCCAGGAUGAAAGAGAGAGAGGCGGGAAGAGACGCAGGCCUUGGGCCAGGCGCGGGCAGAACCGUAGUUAUAUCCAAACCGCCUCCUCUUAGAGUGUUCCAGGUGAAAGCUGUACCUGUGGUACCCCCCAAACCACAGCACUGCAAACUCACUGCCUUCAGACAACAGUUACAGCAGAAAGACGCAGAGAGACAAUACAGUCAGAUACAGCCCGCAGAUGGUGAGAAACCGUAUGUAGACAGAGGACUUCAGGCCCGAGAUACAGUGCGACAUGUGCAGCAAGACGGCACAAAAGAAAGGAGGAUGGAGUUCCUGUGUAGCAACGAAGACAGAGAGCACAAUGGUGCAGAGAAUGUAGAUGAAAGGGAAAGUCAUGAUAGCAGAAGUAGAGAGCAAAAGAAAAGUACAGAGGGGGAGAGGCUAGAGGAGAAUAUGGCAGAGCAAGUAAAAAAACAGCCAAAGGACACGUUCUUGGUGGAGACAUGUCCUGGUUCAGGGUGGCAGCAAGAUAAAGGGGAGCAAGAGGAGGACAGGAACAGGGAAGUUGGAAAAGAAAGACAACUGAACUCAGAUGGACGGAUCAUGAGGAAAGAUGGACUAAAGGAGUCAGAAAGGGAGGCGAAAAGAACCAGUGGCAUCAGUAUGUGUUUUGAUGAAGCCGUUGCCAGGGCAACAGGGAAAAGAUGCAGAGAGAAGGAGUCUGCAGAAAAAGAGAGGUUCAUUGACUUACAGUUCGAAAGGGAUGACCAGAAAGAAGGUCUGACUCCAAGAAAGAGAGAAGAAAAAGGAAAAACUGACUGACAUUAAACAAAAACAUGUAAACAGUUGUAAAUUCAUAUGUGUAUAGCUCAGUGGUAUGCAAUGCAUAAAGCAGGUAACUCCUUUACUUACGUCCCCCCACCACAUUGCCUUAAAUUACUGUUUGGAUUCCAAAAUAUAGCUCAGCAAUCCUCAAGAUGCAACUACAGUUGGAAAAACAAAAGUGGUGUGUAUGCUACAGGCUACAUCUUAGCCAGGCAUACCUCUCAUGCUCAUCUUUCAGGGAUGUAAAUAACGUUUUCCUUUCUGGUUAAGAUUUAUAGAUGGAGUUGUCUGACCUUGCUAAAUUAGUGUGACUUUAAUUGAAGGCUGACCUUGAAAAAGCUUUUCGAUAGGGUAUGCCACAAUGUUUGUGUCACUCAUAAUUGCCAUUUGAAGUUAGAUGGCUAGCAUGUACAUAGACAGUGCUGUUUAAUAAUAAUGCCGUAGCCCCUUCUUCAUAAUGCUGAGAAAGGCCAAGUUGCUAGAGGACAGUCCUUGCAGUAAAAAUCAUAAAUUUAAUUAGACAGAUUUCCUGUUGUUUUAAAUUACAUUACAGAACCUUUCAAAGCAUUACCAGAAGGGGUGGCCACAUAGGUAUGUACACAGUGGUGAAUCCCUGCAGCCAUACUAAUGAGCAGUUUUGAUUAGAAUCCUUCUUAGUGUCAUUACAUCACUUGAAGACUCCAAUUCCCAGAACUCCCCUCCCACAGUAAUGUCCAUAUCCAUAUUCGCAUGCUCGCUAGCCUACUAGUCAUUCUCACCUGCUGCUUGUUUAUCUUCACAUCAGGUCAUGUGUAUAUAUGAUCUGUUUUGAGACAUACUCUUUGCAAAAUCUUGUCAGUAUUCCACUGUUUUUCUAAGCCUUUCUAUUCCUACUGUUUGUACUGUGUUGACUCAUUGUCUGUUUUACCUGGUUGCCUACUGCAUGAUUUACGAUUCUUUGUUCACAUUUCUGUUUUGUUUGUCACACAAACACUUUUUGUCAUUUUAUACCUGCAUGUGACCCAGUGGAGGCAUACAUAUCAAAAACAGACAGAAAGUCUAACCUCUAUGUCAGAAACAGACAGAAGGUCUAACAGAAAAAUUCAUUGCUAUGGAGUCAGCAGGUACAUGUAGUAUCCCUGAAACCCUUGUUUGGCAGGUCAGCUUCUAGAACAUCACCAUCAACAGCUUCCUUGGGAGCGAGAGUUGUGUAAUUAACAGAUCAGAACCACAAACUGGUAUCACUGGGACCUGCUAUUGCUGAACUCAACAGACUUCUCUUCGACUAGUGAUUCAAUCCAAAAUGUCACAGCAAGCUUUGCAGUAACCCCUUUUUUUUGUCUAGCACUCCAUGAUAAGUAAAAUGGCAACAGAGAAGACAGCACUGCAUCUAAAUUUCAGCAUUUGACAGAUGCUCUCAUCCAGAUUGAGUUACAUAUAUUUAUCAGUAUAGAUCACAUUUUGUGUACUCCCAGGGAAUUGAACCCACAACCUCAGAAGUUCUCCUCAUCUCCCUGUUCGAGCACUGGAGCUCACCGUUCGAGCACUGGAAUGGGCUAAUACCAUAUAGUUACUAAGUGGUGAUCUAACCAGGAACCAGGAGUUGUUCACCAGGUCAUUGAAAUGAGGUAGAUUGUUGUCAGUACCUUAUUGAAAGGUUCUAAAGACUAAGUCAUAUGGAUGACCUGUAGGGAAGAUCCCAGAAACCUAGCAUCUAUCAUGGACCUGUCCAAUCACCUCAAUAACCUCCUUCAGGAAUAUUGCAGAGGUCACCUCGCUCUCCUGCCUCUCUGUCAGCCUCUUCUUCACUUAAUAAGAUACCAACAGAUGGACUUCACAUUUCCUUGGAUGAAAAACAGCACAGAUGAAGAGAGGCACUCUGCUCAUACUGUGGCCAAUAAGGUCAUUUCCUGAAGGAAUGUUCAUCCUACUAAUCACACUUCUCAAAGACUGUGUGGGGAACCCUCAGUCGCUAACAUGCCCUGACUGACUCAGGCUCCACUGGGAACUUCAUAGACUGAAACCUGGUGGAUUAACUUGGAUUGCCCUUCUCCCCUGUUCAUGUUCAAACUCUGGAUGAAAAACCCAUUGGUUCUGGCCAAGUCACUCAUGCCACAAACCCCAUAGCCAUGGUAUGCAGCACCAUCCAUAGAGACCCCUUCUUUAUUCAUUUGAAACUCUAUAGUUAGUUAACUAUAGUUUUAGGUCUCCCAUGGUUAUGCAAACACAAAUAGACUGUACUAUCUACAAAUAUACUAUUUACCUACAAACAGACUGGACUAUCCCUCACACAGUUAAUUGACCUAAAGCCUGUUUUGAUAAAUGUUUAGUUGCCUCAGUAUUCACACCACCACUCCUAUUAAGAGUUCCAACUCACAUCCUUGUAAGCAUUCCUGACCAAAACAAGGACCUACAGGAAAUGUUCAGUAAGCAGCAUACUUACUGAACAUAGACCGUAUGACUGUCCUGCAGAGUGCAUUGGGAAUGCCAUUCUCCCUUGUGCUAGGUUCUAUGCUUUGACUCCUGCUGAUUUAGGCCUUGGAAGAAUAUAUAAAUUAAAUUUUAGCUUAGGGAUACAUCAGAUCUUCUACCUCUCCUGUGAUAGCUUACAUAUGAUUUUCUAAUGUUCUCUGCCAUGUUUGAUCAGUAUGUUAAAUAUAUCAGAGCUGUCCUAGAACACCUCUUAGCUGAUAACCUCUAUGUCAAGUCUGAGAAUUUCAUGGCCAUCUCUUUUCUUGGGUAUGUGAUUAGCCUGGAGGUGGUUACUAUGGAUGCCAAGAAAGUAGAGGUAGUGGUUAACUGGCCCCAGACCUUCUGUUAAGGCGUUCCAACACUUUUUCAGAUUUGCAAACUUUUUGGUUUGGGAAACUCUAUCCCAUACCUUACUUCUCCCACAAACUAUCCACAGUCAAGAGAAAUUAUGGUAUUGGUGACUCCUGGCCAAUAGGUUGGCCCUGCUGGAGUGGCAACAUUGGGUCAAGGGAGACUCUUAUCAAUUCCUUGCAUUGACAGACCACAAGAAUCUGGUAUAUCUUAGGAAUGCUGAAUGCCUCACUCCCUGUCAGGCCCCCUGGUCCCUGCUUCCAUUUCCAGAUCACUCACAGAUCAGGUUUAAGCAAGAAGAUGCUCUUUCCAGACUCUGUGAGCUUCAGUCAACCCCUAACUCCACCACUACUGAAUCCAUUUAACCUUCCACCUUUGUAGGUUCUAUUCAUUGGGAACUACACUGGACAGUCAUUAGCCACCUCUCCUUCUCCUUCCAGUAUCCCACAAGAUGCUUCUCUCCUGAGUUCAGGGACAGGCAUAUCAUUUGGGCCCACUCUUCCCUCACUUCUGGAUAUCCAGGGGAAGUGACACUCCAGUUAAUUACCUAUGGGUAACGGUGUCAGAGUGUUUCCCAGGAUGUUCACCAGUUUAUCUCUUACUGUUCAAUUUGUGUACCAAGUCUAAAACAUCCAAGACUCUACCCUCUGGUAACCCAUAAACCUCUUACCUAUCCAUGAAAAUACUUGGUCCCCAUAUUGCUAUAGAUUUUGUAAUGAACCCACCUCCUACCUAUGGGUACACCACUAUUAUCACUAUAGACAGUAGGUUCUCAAAGACUGCCCAUUUAGUAUCCCUACUUUAAUUAACCUUAACCAUUGAGACUGUCAAAACACAUCUUUCAUUUCAUGUUUUGCAGGAGUACAUUUUGCCUGACAGGGGCUCCAUAGUUCAUGUCCCAGUUUUGCUGCGAUGUCUUUGAGAUAUUGUAGGCCUGACCUCAAGCCAUCAUUCCCAAUCAUUAUCCCCUAUCCAAUGACCAGACUGAAAGUGUAAACCAGGAGAUUGGGAAGUCUAAUACAAGUCUGAUAGAAAUGUGUUUUACAGUAACCAAUAAUGUGAAAAUGUAGCAUAAAUGAACAUAAAUAACCUUAUUUAAGAAUUUUGUUGAUAUUUCUCCAACCACUUUUUGUUAGCUCUUCUAAUGGGUUACAGUGACCUGACUACACAUCAUUGGUAUAAAGUGGGUUUAACACAUUUGACAUAAUGGACGAAUUCUGUUAAGAACCCCUACAAGUGUUUCUAUUUUUGUGGCUGAGUUUGUAUUUUAGUAUAUAUUCUGUUUCCUAACUGGUGGAGUAUAUCACAUGGAUGCUAAAAUUCAUUAUGAAUUGUGUUACUGCACUUUUCCUAUAAUAUUCCUUAAGUUUUUUAUAGCAUGCUUGCUUAAAUAAAUUUUUUAAAUAACCA